UUCCUUCACUUCCGUUGGGCUUUUUAUUUAUUUAUUUCUUCGUUUUAAUGUGCAUCCGGGUCUCGCCGGCGUGCUUAGCGGCAGUAAGUGGAGAGCGGGGUAGGCGAGGCGCCGGGUGCAGCGAGCGCGUGGCUGGAGGGUGAGUAAAUAGAACUGGCCGUCCAGGCGCGCGCACGCCCGAACCGAGCGGCUUUCCCGUUUGUGCCUUUGGUGAGCCGCGUCCGUAGGAAGUUGGCGAAUGGUUUUGCGCUGGGAAUUGGCGUCUCUCUCUUCGUCCUGGUUGCGAUGACCUGAAGUCCCGUGAAUAGUGACCGGAGAGAUCACUACAACUGUAAACCUACUGAAGCAAAAUAUGGAAUGGAUCUCGCUGGUGUCUGAAUUGAGCCAAACAAACAGUAUUGACAGUAGCUUGAAAAUCACCAGUUAGCAGUUUCUUCACGCUCCAGUACCACACAGCACUUUCCAGAGAGAACUCAUUGUGUGCAUAAAAUCAGCUUUUAAAUCUGCUCACUACCUUUAAGCUUUGUCUAAUUAAAAUAGUUUUAAACGGGAACCCUAACUACAAGAGCACUUGGAGAAAAAUGGCAUUGGAUGAAUAUUUGUGGAUGGUCAUUGCGGGUUUUAUCAUUGCUUUUAUCUUGGCAUUUUCAGUUGGAGCAAAUGAUGUUGCCAAUUCUUUUGGUACUGCUGUGGGUUCUGGUGUAGUUACUUUGCGCCAAGCCUGCAUCCUAGCUUCAAUUUUUGAAACUACUGGUUCAGUAUUGCUAGGAGCAAAAGUAGGUGAAACUAUUCGUAAAGGUAUAAUUGAUGUGAACUAUUAUGACAACUCAACAGGUCUACUUAUGGCUGGAGAAGUCAGUGCAAUGUUUGGAUCUGCUGUUUGGCAGCUGAUAGCAUCAUUUUUGAAACUUCCAAUAUCUGGAACUCAUUGUAUAGUAGGUUCAACCAUUGGUUUUUCAUUAGUUGCAAUCGGCACACAAGGAGUCCAAUGGAUGGAACUUGUCAAGAUUGUUGCCUCCUGGUUUAUCUCCCCACUACUAUCUGGUAUGAUGUCUGGUGCGCUGUUUCUCUUGAUCAGAUUUUUCAUCUUAAAUAAGGAAGAUCCAGUACCAAAUGGUCUCCGUGCUCUUCCAGUAUUCUAUGCUGCUACAAUAACUAUUAAUGUGUUCUCGAUAAUGUAUACAGGUGCUCCAGUCCUAGGAAUUACACUUCCUUUAUGGGCAAUAACACUGAUAUCAAUUGGUGUAUCAAUUGCAUUUGCUGCCUUAGUGUGGAUAUUUGUAUGUCCAUGGAUGAAAAGAAAAAUAGCAAGUCGUUUAAAGAAGGAAAGUGCACUAUCAAAAAUAUCUGAUGAAAGCAUUGACAAAAUUCAAGAAGAGGAUAUACCUGUCUUUAAAGAACUUCCUGGUGUAAAAGAAAGUGAUGAAAGUACUAUUCCCCUGACUAGCUGUGGAACAGAGGAUGCUGGUGUAUCAGAUAAUAUAGCAAAUGGUAGUCAUCCACGUGUACCAUAUGGAAGAGCAUUUUCAAUGACUCACAGUAUGGUGAAAUCACCUGUCUCCAAUGGUGCAUUUAAUUUUGAUGGCCACAUGAAGAGUGACAUCCAUGUGUACCACACUGUGCACAAAGACUCAGGAUUGUACAAAGACUUGCUGCACAAAAUACAUCUAGAUAGAGGGAAUGAAGAUAGGCCUUCGCAAGAAAAUAACUACAAGUUACUGCGGCGCAAUAAUAGCUACACUUGUUACACAGCUGCCAUAUGUGGGAUGCCUGUGCAUUCUUCUUUCAAGGCUGCUGACAUGUCAACACCAGAAGACAGUGAAAAGCUAGUUACGGACACAGUAUCUUAUUCCAAAAAGAGGGUUCGCUAUGACAGUUACUCCAGCUAUUGCAAUGCUGUAGCUGAAGCCGAAAUUGUAGCAGAGGAAGGUGAUGUAGAGAUGAAAUUGGCAUCAGAGUUAGUAGAUCCUAAUAAUCCCAAUGAAGAUAUUGCUGAAGAAGAAAAGGAUGAACGGGACUCUUCAGAGGUGCAUCUGCUUUUUCACUUCCUCCAAAUCCUGACAGCUUGCUUUGGGUCUUUUGCUCAUGGAGGUAAUGAUGUCAGCAAUGCUAUAGGCCCUUUGGUUGCCCUCUGGCUUAUAUAUGAUCAGGGUGGUGUAAUGCAAGAUUCUCCUACUCCUAUUUGGCUGCUACUGUAUGGAGGCAUUGGCAUCUGUGUAGGCCUCUGGGUCUGGGGACGAAGAGUGAUCCAAACAAUGGGAAAAGACCUCACACCUAUCACACCAUCAAGUGGUUUCACUAUUGAGUUGGCUUCGGCGUUCACAGUUGUGGUAGCUUCCAAUGUUGGACUUCCUGUCAGUACUACACACUGCAAGGUUGGUUCUGUGGUAGCUGUUGGUUGGAUACGAUCCAAGAAGGCUGUUGACUGGCAUCUCUUCCGCAAUAUCUUUCUAGCUUGGUUUGUGACUGUUCCUCUAGCUGGCUUAUUCAGUGCUGGCAUUAUGGCAAUCUUAAUGUAUGGAAUAUUACCAUAUGUCUGAUACUUCACUGUUCUUUCCAGAAAAAAGGGAGUAUCUCUUUUAAGUCUCAUCCUCAGAAUGUAGAACUCCCUGAUCAACCAUACAGUAAGAGAUAGUCUGCAAGUCAUUUAUCCUCAGUAUCUAACAUCUACUGUACAUACUAUGAGUAUCUUUGGUGCCAUUUCUUCUGUACAGUGUGUCUGUGUGUGUGUCUGUGUGUGUAUAUAGACACGCACCCAUAUACCUACAUGCUUGUAGUUGAUAAUACUACCUUAAGUUAUAAGUGAGAUGAAAAUAAUUGCCUAGAACUUAAUCUCUAGUGAAACCUGUAUAUAAUGUAUCAUUUAGUGGUGAUUUUUAAAAACCCAUUAAGAAGCUGGGACAUUUGUCAACCUAAUAAUAUAUGAUGAAGCAAAAUGUAUACUGAGUAAGAUUCUUUUUGGGAAAAAAAAGUUUAAUGAUACUGAAACAAAAUAGUACCGAAGUACAUUGGUAAAAUGUGGUUCAUAUCAUAUUGUGUAUAAUACGGUAUGCACAUUGAUUUUAUAAAUACUUUGAAAUGUAGCUUUUUAAUGUUGCAUUUCCCUUAUAUAUUUUGGAUAAGAAAGUUUAGACAGUACCAAAGAAGGGGAAUAGCUUGACAGUAUUAUACUGUUUGUCAGUAUGUGUAUUUGCUAUUGCUCUCCUUCCCUAAAUAUUUUAAUUAGCAUUCUUUUCUACUCAUCAAACACCAGCAAUGCCAAGAUAAUAUUAAUAUUUCCUGUAAGUAGGAAAGCAUCAUAUUGUUGCAGUUAUCUACUACCACUGCAUUUAUUUUUUUAGAAAUCCAACUCUGCUUUUAUAUAUGAUGAGUUCAAAUUUCUUUUAAAACAUGUUUGCCAUCACCUGUAUGUGAUUCUCAUUUUGGUUCAUUACCAUCAAUCUAAUGAACAAGUUCAGGAAAAGAAAGAUGAAACUGAAAUUCUACCUUGUUUCUAUGAUUAUAACCAGUAAAUCUCAUCUAUGCAGUGGAAUUAUACAAUACUGGCAGUGUACACAUUAGUUGUGACAUUUCAAUAUCUAAAGAAAAAGGGAAUUACUCAAGUAAGAGGUGUUUGGCUGUUAAAACUGGCACCGUGGAGAGUUUUAUUAUCAAUACUAGCUCCAAGAAGCAUUUGGAAGGAUUAGUUCUGAUACUAACAGUUGGUGAAGUGAAAAAUUCUGCAGUGUCAUCUUGUCCUUUGAUAACAUCUCAAUGCAGCAGUCAGGCCAAACUAGGAGAGUCCACCCUAUAGUUGCAUGCAUCCGUAUUGUUCCAGAUUAGUGGUGACAUGGAAACAUCCACAGCAUGUAAUUCAUCAGAACACAGGAUGUCAACGAAGAUAAUUUAACAGGUUGUAUAAGAAAUCAGUUUUUACUUUUUGAGGAAUUAUCUUAGUUUGCCAGUCUUGUGCGUUUUAUAAAAUAAAUAUAUUAGUAAAUAAAUCUAUCAAAAAAGCUUCAAAUUGAUGUAAUUAAUUUAUGCAUCUAAUAAGGCGUUUUCCAAGUAGCAAUUAAGAGGCAAUAUUUGAUGUCCUUUUAUUGCUAUGGAAUUCUGAAGCAUUAGCAUUUGAGAAGUUCUCUGGCAUUAAUCACUUUGUUUGUACAACUCUUGUGUUUUUUUCCCAGAAGACUGCUCUGUCGUUUAAAACCUAUUACUGUAGUUGUAUUUACUGGAAAGGAUUUGAGGAAGCUUUGCUUGAAGAAUGUUGGAAGCCCAGAACUGUUGAAAUGCUGCUAAAAUUUUGAUAUAUGAGCUUUCUUGGUACUUCAUUGUCAUCCUUUUUCAUUGGUCAUUCACUCUAAAUUUAUAAUAAAAGAAUAAAUUGCCUUCA